UGACGUCACCUGCUUAGAUACAACUCGGGUGGGUUACACGCCGAGACAAAGGUACACGGUUGCUAGGUGACUCUAAUUGCUGCUUAUUUGCACAGACUUCAUUGAAGGGUGAUUAUAUUCGGAUGUGAACGCCGUGCGUAGUGGGCCACAGAACGCUGCGACCAGUUAGAGAUUGACGUGUUGAGAAGAGGCCAUCCUGCUAGCAUUAUUGCAGAAGUACGAUCGCCUUGUGCAGUGACGGAAGACGCGGACUGUGUACGGCGGGGUUUGUCUGCACGGCGUGCUGCAUGGUGGAGCGUGACUGGCACCGCGACAUGGGAAAGGUGCGCUGGGCGUAACUUCAUGGCAGAGGGAACAACCUAGACUGUUGGUAGCAACAGGACAGUGUCAGAUCGAUCCUAGAACUGCAGAGUCUACAAAGUGACCUGUAGUCUCUCUCGCUCACGAAGCUGCGUGCCGAGAGCCUGUGUUGUACCUGUCACUGCGGUCGCGCCGUGGGAGUAGGAGGGGCAAACAGAGCAGGACGGCUGCCAUGUCUGUAGCCUGACACAACCUCUUGUAUCCAUCCAGCUAUUGAGUCUGCUGAACCUGUUAUGAGGUGACCAUGGAUCUGAUUUCUUGGCAGACCAACUAUAGUCAUGGGUAUGUUGUGGAAACUUUGCCCAAUGGGACACUUCCAUGUGAAAGCUGGCUCCUGCUCCCAGCAGAGAACUUGUGGCCCUCGCCACUCCGAGGGAUACUGUACUUCCUGGCCAUGAUCUAUAUAUUCAUCGGGAUCACCAUUGGCAGUGAUGUCUUCAUGUGCAGCAUAGAAGUCAUCACCAGCAAGAAAAGAAAAGUAGUACGGUGGGAUGAAGAAAGGCAAGAGACUGUGGAGAGAGAAGUCCUGCUAUGGAAUGAGACCAUCGCUAAUCUAACAUUGUUGGCACUUGGCAGCAGCGCUCCAGAAAUCAUGCUCAACAUCAUAGAAGCCGUCCAGGAACUAGGAAAGCCACCGGAAGAUGGCCUGGGGCCUUUUACCAUUGUGGGUAGCGCUGCCUUCAAUCUUCUAGUUAUCAAUGCCAUCUGUGUUGCCAGUGUGCCGUCUCCAGAGACUAAAGCGGUCCGAGAGUUUGGAGUCUUCGUUAUUACCUCUCUCUGGUCCAUGUUUGCAUAUGUUUGGAUGCUGGUGGUGGUUAUUUGGGUGACACCAGGAGUUAUCGACGUCUGGGAGGCUUGGGUCACUCUUGGCUUCACCCCUCUGCUGGUGUUGACAGCUUAUGCCCAGGACAGUGGCUGGUGGUGCAAACGUCAGCAUUCCAGGAUCCACAACUCAGAACCCAGUAUGCAAGAGGACCUGAAUGUGCGGGUGAUUGGGAGUCCCCAGGGCCGUGCCAGCGUAUUGAACACAAGGGCACCAACUGAGCUGCUGGCACUGGAGGGCCGCAACAGCCAUGCCAACCUGAGACAGGCUUCUGAACCUACCAGAUUUAAUGACAGUUUUUUCUCCCUUAGGAACCUGAACGACAUGGACCGUCCUUCCCAGCAGGGACAACAGCCCACCAACGCUUUAUCCAGAGCAAGAGAAAGGCAGAAAGAGCCGAGCACCACUUUCCAGUUUCGUCAUGCAGUGGUGAGAUCCAUGCUUUAUCAGAAGCCCAAGCCAAAGCCCAAAGCCAGGUUUGCAGAGGUGGUGACAAAGAUGGUGUCCAUUAAGGCCCUGACAAGCCCAGCUAUGAGGCGCCAACUGGCUGCUAAUGACAUGAGUGGGAAAUUCACAUUUGGAACCCAUACAUACAGCGUGCUGGAGAGUUCAGGGGCCAUAGAAGUGGACGUACUGUUUCACAGGAGACGACUGUCGAAGCUUACCCUCCUCAACAGCAUGUCCAAGCUCAACUUGGUGAACAAAAGUAACAAUGGCCCCGUGGGGAAUGGAACGACCACAGACUCAGGACAGUCUUCUGCUCCAAGCAAACAAGAUGAGGCAAAGGAGGAUGUGUCUGUGGAGUUUGAGACCAGAGAUGGGACAGCCAAGACAGGAAAGGACUACACCCACACACAGGGCAGACUGGUUUUCAAAGAAACAGAAUACAGAAAGAAGAUCAAGAUUCCCAUCAUUAAUGACCAGCAGUACCAGUCAGACAAGGAUUUCUACGUGAUUCUCAAGAGUCCCAAUCCACGAGAGGAUGCAGCGCUAGGUGACCCCAGCGUCGCACGAGUGACCAUUAUUGAUGAUGACAAGCCUGGCAACUUUGUGUUUGAGCAGCCGAUUUACUAUGGGGACAGCAGGACCUUCAAGGUGACAGCCACUGUGCUGAGACAGAAUGGUACAGAUGGGAACACCAGUGUGGAGUACACAACUAUGGAUGGCACCGCCAAGGGUGGUCCGUUCUCCUCCCCAACGUUGGACUACAUCAGCAACUCUGGCGUGCUGUACUUUGCCAAUGGGGAAGUAUCCAAGCAAAUCACCAUCAAUCUUAACAAGGAGAAAAUGGGUCACAGAAAUUUUGUAAUCUUGCUGAGAAAUCCAAGCCUGGGUUCAAAGAUAGGAGAGCCAGGAGCGGCAGUUGGCUUCCUCUGUAAAGAGGAAGAAGAUGAGCUGGCAGAGAGAGUUGCCAAUGUUGUACCCAUGGGUGACACGGAGGAAGAGGACACAUCGUGGGGUGGACAGUUCAGAAGUGCGAUGUGCCUGGAAAGUGAGGAGGAUGAGGAUGGGAAGAAGAUUCCCCCCUCGGUUGGACAGCUCAUCAUGCACUUUGUCACCUUCUUCUGGAAGGUCCUCUUCGCAUUUAUUCCUCCAAGAUCUAUGUUGGGAGGCUGGCCAGCUUUUGUAAUGUCCCUGGGCUUUAUCACCAUGCUGACAGCUUUCAUUGAAACGCUGGGCCACCUGCUGGGCUGUGUGUUUGGAGUCCGGACCAGUGUUACCGGCAUCACCAUCAUCGCACUCGGCACCAGUGUGCCAGACACGUUCGCCAGCCGCACAGUUGCUAUACACGAUGUCCAUGCAGAUGCUGCUAUUGGGAAUGUUACAGGCAGUAACAGUGUGAACGUGUUCUUGGGUCUGGGUCUGCCAUGGGUCAUCUCUACCAUGUACCAUCUGGUCAAGGGCACAGAGUACAGGGUGCUGCCUGGAAAUCUCCGCUUUGCUGUUUUCACCUUCCUGGCUGUUGGGGCGCUGUGUCUGCUGAUGUUGUUCGUCAGGAGGAAGUGUUUUGGAGGUGAGCUGGGUGGAAAGAAAGUCUCCAAGUGGAUCAGUGCGCUGCUGAUGUUCUCUUUCUGGGUCGUCUUCAUUGUCCUGUGCAGCCUGCAGGCCUACCAGCUCCUGCCUUUCUAAAUCAGAUGCCACAAACCGACAAACCAGGCCGUCUUGCUUGGGAAAGGGAAGAACAACCUCUGCGUGUCAGUCUCACAGCUGUUCAAGUAGGGACUAUUCUGUUGCAUGUUGAUACUGUCCAUGACAACAAACAAACAAACAAGCCAGACACUGUCAUGGGGACCUUCCUCUUACUACAUUGCACUGUAAAGACAUCUGAUAUUGAAGAUGUGGAACUACGGCUUUGCUACAUAUUCAAAUGUAUAUGUCGAUAUUGAAGUAUAUUUCAUUCUGUUGUACAUAAAAUGUAAUACUGAUUGUGUUUAUGUAAAUAGUCUCUAUACAUCACACACAUGGACCUUCUUUGGAAUGCUUCUCUUAUGAAAUAACAUACUAGACAGAAAUGGAUUUCCUCAGAUUUGAAUGGUGUGGUAAACAAACUUUUAAGUUAUACUUUUAUUAAGAUUGUGCUGCUAGGUCGAAAAGGAUCAGAUGUAACGAUUUUGCUUGAAUGGAGGAAUGUCUCAUGACGAUGCUAUUGAUUGGUUUGAAGAUAACUCGUAACAAUGUAGAUAUUGUACAAAGUUGAACUUGGAGUUGAUAUUUAUUUGACAGUUUGAGAUAUGAUACAAAUGUCUUAUUCUAUGCAGUCCUGGCUAUAUAUAUUUCUAUAACUUUGAGGAAAAAGCAUUUCCAUGAGGAUGUAUAAAGUAUUACAUGGGAAUUUGGAUCUUAUAGGUAAUGUCAAAUAGACUGCCAAAGUGUAAGAUUAGUGUACGACUUCACUUGAAACGUACUGAAAGUGCUGAUAACUUCACUGUUCUACCACCUUGUGUAAAUAAUGUAAAAUAAAAGUCUAGCUGAAUCCUCAGCCUGGAUUGAAUUUACCAUUAGCUGUACAUGCCACUUUCUAGUAAUUGCUGACAGGUUCAGCAAACCAAUGGGAACAUCCAAGUGUGAUUUGGUAAUUGUGUGCCUGUUGCCCACUCUAUUCUACCAUUGGAACACAAACACAUCUUUCUUAGUUUUGAAGGUCUUUCAACACUGGUAAGGACAAUUUCGUUUGGCAAAAUAAGAUGGAUGGAAUGGGGUCCUUGAAAAGUACUGAUGCAGUUGUAGACAUAACUUUCAUUCAGCCUAUCUCCAAAAGGCAAGGCACACUUUACUAAAUGUAGAAGGGCAUGUCAGCUGGUGUUUGUAGCUGUAUGUUGUGAUAAUCUAUGAAAGAAACAGUAGUACAUGAUGGAUUUGGGGGUGUCAUCUUGUGACCCACAUAGGUGUACUUAGCUUACAUCAAUACACAACAAUUCCAUAGUUCUUGGAAUUAUUCUUUCCCACCUAUUACUGUAAGUGUAGCCUUUACACGGUAUAGAACUACAUGUAUUUAACAAUCUAGCUAAAGUAUAUUUAUUUCAGUUCAUAUUUCGAGACAAUAGUUCAAAAGAAUGUGGGAAACUUUUUGUUCAGAUAAAUCUCAUUCAAGGAGUCAGCAGCAUGUUUACCUAUGCCAAAUGUGUAAACAACAACUUCAGUCUAGUAAACAUUGCAUUAUGUUGAUGACAUUGUUAUGACAAACCAGAAGACAGUGAAUGUUUUUUGUUUCAAGGAUGUCGAUAUUUUCACAUGCCCCUGGAGUUAGCUGGUCUAGUCUCUUGAAUAGAAUAAAUGCUAUUUUUGUGUUCCUGUAAAGUUAGCCUUUUACUUCCAGUGAGGCUUGAUAAUCAUGUGUCAAAGUAGAUAGAAGACUAGAUAAGCCAUAAAGAAGCAAUAAUGUUUCCAAUUUGUAAGCAUAGAGGAUGAUGGGACACCACUUUUCUACCAAACUGGUCUACUCUGGUGGUUUGUCAUCUAUUGGUAAUUACCAACCUAAAUGCACACUAUGGGAGCUACAAGGCACAGAUGAUGGAAUGGUUCACAAGAAUAUGAUGAAAUUUAGUUUAAUGCAUCAAUUGAUAAUGACAAACCAAACCUUCUCAGCCAGCUGACCACAAGUGUCUGCCCUGUGGUCCACUUUGAACCUGUCCCUGUGUCAGACAAGCUGGCAACUGCCUGGUAAAAGGACAGGACCACUUGGUAGUAGAACAGAACUGAUACAAGGACAGAGCCAGCUUGUAGGACACAACAGGCUGGUAGGACAGACCACAAGA